AUGCCUGACCAUUUGGGAGAUGAUAUGAGAAAAGUGAAAGAUGACAAAGAAGAACCAGAAAAGGAAAUAAAAUCUCUUGAUGAGGGGGAUAUUGCACUCUUAAAAUCAUACGGACAAGGCCAAUAUACUAAGAUAAUCAAGGAAGUGGAAGAUGGCAUACAAACAGUUAUGAAGAGAGUUAAUGAACUCACAGGUAUCAAGGAAUCAGAUACAGGACUGGCUCCUCCAGCAUUGUGGGAUCUUGCUGCUGAUAAACAGACAUUGCAAAAUGAACAACCGUUACAAGUGGCAAGAUGUACAAAGAUUAUUAAUGCAGAUUCAAAUGACCCGAAGUACAUUAUAAAUGUAAAGCAGUUUGCCAAGUUUGUUGUUGACUUAGCAGAUUCUGUAGCACCUACUGAUAUUGAAGAGGGUAUGCGAGUGGGGGUCGAUCGUAACAAAUAUCAAAUCCAUAUUCCACUACCACCAAAGAUUGACCCUACGGUUACCAUGAUGCAAGUGGAGGAGAAACCAGACGUGACAUACAGUGAUGUGGGAGGUUGCAAAGAACAAAUCGAAAAAUUAAGGGAAGUGGUUGAAACACCAUUGUUACACCCCGAGAAAUUCGUUAAACUCGGUAUCGAGCCACCUAAAGGCGUUCUCCUGUUUGGUCCACCUGGUACAGGCAAGACGCUCUGCGCCAGAGCCGUCGCGAAUCGAACUGAUGCCUGUUUUAUUAGAGUCAUUGGUCUUAAAGGAAAAAUUCGUCACACUAAACAGAAAAAUAAAAGCUCAUUAAUACAGACACAGUUAAGAAACUUUUAUGAAAGGGAUGAUGUGAGUAGACUCAAAACAGACAUUGCUAGCAAAAGUUUGAAAGAAAAUUCUCAUGACAGAAUGAAGAAAUGUUCAAAGAAAAGAAAAAUAAAAGACAUACACCUUAAAACAAACAAGAAACUUAAAACGGAAGAGGAGAGCAGUACAGACGAAGAUAUGACGAUUUCUUUGCAUGAUACUUCUGAUGAAGAGUAUCACAUUACAGAUGAUAUCUUAUCAGAUGAUGAUUAUCUGGAUCAUAUGGAUUAUCAAUUGAAAGAACAGAAGAACGUUACAAAUUUAAGAAAAAUAUCAGACACAAGUAAAAUAGAGAGAGAAAAAAUAGAACAAUCAAGCCAUGAAGAUAAAAAAAAUACAUACACUGGUAAAGACACAAGAGAAAUAAACAUUUUUUCUAAUGAAAAUCAGGGAGUAGUUAAAACUAAUUUAGCUGAACAAUCUGUGAUUGCUACGACUCUGCAGGAUGAUGAAAAUAACUUUGACAAUGCAAAAAAUGACUCGGAAGUGACAUCAAAAAUUAAUACAGACAUAUGGAGGCUAUCUUUCAAAGACACUGUACUUGUAAGGUAUUAUCAAAGAACCGCGUUGAAGUAUUACAUAGGAUUCUUGGAAUACAGUUUUAAAAAAGAAGGAAAAUCUUAUUUUACCAUACGAUUUCUGAAAACCAUUAAAAAACCGGAGCUAAAGUUUGUAAUUCACAAAAUAAAAGAUGAAGAUACUGUAACUGAAGAUUUAAUAGUUAAGCAGGUUAAAAUAACACAAAACGACCAAAAGAAUACUUUUUAG